CAAAUGCGGGCGGGCGGGCCCACUGCCCUGCAGUUGCUGUCGUGUCUUCCGAGCCGUGUUGUCUUUCUGCCGACAGGAUGGCCUCCCGGAACCGCAACCCAGCAACAGCCAGCGUUGUUGCCUCCCGAAAAGGGGCAGAGCCUAGCGGGGGCGCUGCCCGGGGCUCCGUGGGCAAGAGGCUACAGCAGGAGCUGAUGACCCUCAUGAUGUCUGGCGACAAAGGGAUUUCUGCCUUUCCUGAAUCCGACAACCUUUUCAAAUGGAUAGGGACCAUCCAUGGAGCCGCUGGCACAGUAUAUGAAGACCUGAGGUAUAAGCUCUCCCUAGAGUUCCCUAGCGGCUACCCUUACAACGCGCCCACGGUGAAGUUCCUCACUCCCUGCUACCAUCCCAACGUGGACACUCAGGGUAACAUCUGCCUAGACAUCCUGAAGGACAAGUGGUCUGCCCUGUAUGACGUCAGAACCAUCCUCCUCUCCAUCCAGAGCCUGCUAGGAGAACCCAACAUCGACAGCCCUUUGAACACACACGCUGCUGAACUCUGGAAAAACCCCACAGCCUUUAAGAAGUACCUACAGGAAACCUACUCAAAGCAAGUCUCCAGCCAAGAGCCCUGACCCACUCUGUCCGGCCUCUGUCCUUGUGUCGUGUCAUCUUUUUUCCUUAGUUGAUCUGUCCUCCUUGGUUUCUGUCCAAGAUUCUGUAUCUGAAGCUGUGGCGUCCUUUCUGUUUUGUUUUUUAAAUUAAGCCUCUGUUUGAGCCUUUAUGAUGAAUAUAUUAAAUAAACACAUUU